AUGCUAUGUAAUGGGUCGACAUCAUCGGCCAGUGCUUUCCUGCACACCGUCGCCCGCCGUGGCUCAGCACUCCGCACCCGGUACAACGGACCAUGCCCCGCUGGACGAAGUGUAUUUUGCAGGCAGCAUCCCGGCAGCAAGGUCGCAUCCUUUUUCAACUCUAGCUACACCCGGGGAGCAGCCGCUCUGGUCUUCCGCCAAGCACCCGACGCACACCCUACAACGGUCGACUCGCAGCCACCGGAUACGACGGAGUCCAACCACUUUCUACUGUCACUGACAGCGGGGCAGAUAUCCCGUGCGUCAGCGCAGGCCGUCCGACUCUCCGUGCGGAAUUGCAAGUACGGAGAUGCUCUGUACCUCAUCAACUCUCUACUAGAAUCUCAUAACCCCGAAUCCCUCGCAUCCUCACGAAGUGCGCUCAUCGACUCCAAAUCGCAUUCUCCCGCAUCGCCCGCGGCGCCCAUAGACUUCGGGCGACCCAUCUCUCCCCGUGUACCCGCUCAUGCCUUCCUCCAUGCUCUCGUGCGCGCAGGCCUCGCAAAGAGGGCCGCUUCGUACGCUGCAGUCUUCCAGGACUGCGGCAUACAAUUACGGCCUGCAACCGUCACUUUGUUGAUUCAUUCUCUCACCAGUACUCCCUCCAAGCCCCUCGGCGGUCUUCUGGCUGGCAUGGGUCUCCAUGGUCGGCGCAAAAAGGUCCCCGCCGGUGAAAACGUCCUGAAGAUUCGAAGUAGCAUGGUCUCCGAUACGUGCACGAGAGCCGCCGUGAAGCUCAUGCUGCACGCUCGCAUGCAGGGUCAACGUCGAACGGAGUACACCUAUAACCAAAUCAUCAAAAACCUUCUACUACACGGCGAGAUCAUUAUGGGCUCGCUAUUCGUCGUUCUGUUCUUCAAAUGCAUGGAACUGCAGAAAGCUCGCGCUGAUAUGGCUUCGGACGCUUCUGCCGAUGCCAACGCCGCGCCCUUAUGUGCCGACGGGUGUUCGCCUUUCGUACCCAUCCGACGAGACUACUCGUUCCAUUUGUCACGCACCGCUGUUGACACCAUGAACAGUGUACUCCGGGAGAUGGACAAGGCCAUGGAGUCACUUUCAUCCGCAGAAGCAGACGACGACAGGGAUAGGCUAGCUUCCAUCCUCCAAGCCCUAGCGAAUUUAGCAAUGCUGCUCGACACAGGCCAGCUGCCGACCGAUCGAAUAUCCACGCUCGUACGCACGCUCUACUCCUGCCCGAAGACAAACCAGUACGUCUGGAUCCUAGACGGCUCUCGCAAGCCCGUCCGCGUCAAGGCGUAUCGGUACUUUCACAACGUGCUCAUGCGCCUGAUCCACUCGCUCACGAAGCCGGACCCGAUGGACCGUCCACCGCCUCACCUCGACAUUGGAUCCUACAACACACUGCUGUUUUACGCGCUCCGCCACCGAGUGUCACCUGCGCUCGCUUCCGGCAUCCUGGACCAUAUGUAUAGCAAGAGGGAGCCUCCGUUAAAAUCCAACAUCGUCACAUACAACACGCUCCUCCGCGCCGGUACGCUGCUACGAAGAAAGGAUAUCUCGGACUUUGCUCUCCGCGCGCUGCGUGGAGGCUACGGACGGUCUGGUGCAGAUGUCCUCCAGCAUAGCACGCGACCAGGAGUGCUCCGGCCAGAUCCUGAGGAGCCCCUUGCUGCUCCCGCACCGAUCCUUGGGUCGCAGCGGCGCGCUGAGGACCCUCCAGCGGCUAAGUCAUCCCGGGACAACGAGAGCAGUUCGGCCCCUCAGUCCUACACACUACAGUCCAGAGUACUCCGACGACUAUCAGAGGAGGACUGGGAUGUUCCAGAGGCAUUUUCCGGCGCACAGUGCGUUACAGUAGAUGCGCACACGUUCGUCAGCUUCAUCUCCUACAUUACCGCUACUGGGAAACCCGGCGUCAUCGUGAAUGUUCUCUUCCGCAUGCUGCCCGAGCUGGCCAUUGUGGAUCACCCUACGUGGGGGCAUACAGACGACUCCCGACAACGAGCGCGACUGUCGCUCGGGCUCAGGAAGCGGUACCUGCGACAGGCAGUGCGCCACGGGCCCCGCGUAUUUUCUGCAUUGCUCAACGCGCUGGCGAAAGCGAAGGCAACGGGAGCGGCGGAGAGGGUCUGGCUGCUAGCUAAACAAGCCGAGAAAGCGAGCUGGCUGCCCAACUUCGUGCCAGAUGUCAAGCCCUGGUGUCUUCCCGUGCAUGCGUACACCUCAAUGAUGCGCUGCUACGCUCAGGAAGCGAGGAGGGCCAUCACACUCAACCGGCGCGAGCAAGCGGUACUGGACAAGGCCCUUCAGGCGGACGAGAACGCGUGGGUGCCGCUGUUCAGAGGCGGGCUGCCUGGAUGGGCGGCGUUUGUGGCGACGAUGCAGAAGCUGCAGCUGUCCAAGUACUCGAAGAGGCGCAGGCGUCUGCGGAGUGUCUCUGCGCUCCUGCACCGCUGCAUGGUCUCUGCUGGUCUGUCGCUCUACCGCGCACUGCUGGCGAUGGCGAAGACGCAAAGCCCUCGAUUGGCGUGGAAGGGCCGGUUCCCUGCUCCUGACGAGCGGUUCUUCAACGAGGCGCUGGAUCUGUUCGGUCGGCAGCUGAGCAUGGCAUCGCGGGAAAGGCACACGACUCCGCGGUGCUGGCGCAAAUGUCUGAACUUGGCCUGGCGUGAUUGGCAACGCCAGGGUGUGAAGGGGCAAGGCUGGACGGCUGCUCUGCAAGAGGUCAUGCAAGGCAUCGUUGAUGCAGGCUUGCCAGUGCCACCGGGCUUCCGUGCCAGCUCUGUUGGACAUUGGGACCAAGUCGCGGACUCUACAGGGCGGACAAGGACCGACAGGAGGAGGAGGUAUGCAUUCCCAGCGCCGCCUGCGCGAUUCCGCUCUCAUGCUCUCGUCACUGUUAAAACUCGUGGACUGCCUCUUCCUCGUCAUCACCAUCGGACUAAGUCGCGCAGUCGUUCGAAAGCAACUAAUAAGUAG